CCCAAAACGACUCCAAUGGCGGUCUGGAAGCAGAAAUGCGAUUCGGAGUGGCAGCUAGCGGCUAACGGUGCUCCUUUACCGGACGACGUGGACUGGAAAUCCGUGUACGAGAAGAAACCGCUGGAGCGGAACUUACUGAAGAACCCGUCGCCUCACGGUUUGACUCAUGACACGCCGCCACCCGAGCGCGAGGUCACAGGAGAACGUCCGGACCCUGACCUGCCACCGCAGUUUGAACCGACUGGUGAUUUCUCAGGUUGGAGCACCAGUAUCGAGCAGUUGCCACUGGAUUCCUCCGGUAUUCCUCCAGGUGUGGUGGUCUGCUAUUUGCCAACCUUCAGCUGGUUCUCCUUGGAGCAGCGAGUCGAUCUGAAGGCCGAAGGACUGUGGGACAAACUGCUUGACAAGUUCCAGCCGGCCAUAGCCAUCGAAGACUGGUAUGAGGAGAGUCAACUCCAUGCCUCUAUCUAUGAGCUUCAUGUAAAACUCUUAGCUGCUGAUGGCCAAACAGUGAUUAAGGAACACACAUGCAGUCCCACAGAGGACCUGGAGAACUACUCUCACAACUGGAAACAGGUUUCCCACGUGUUCUCAGGCUACGGGCCCGGUGUGAGAUACGUUCACUUCCAGCACAAAGUGAAAACCAAGUUCAUGGUCGAAUUCUUCGGCACCAUGGUCACCGGUAGCUCUGUUGUCGUCAAGGCAACAAAGUCCAGCCCAUAGUAAUGCACGGCAGCUGGAGGUGUACUGUAUACUUAUUUCUACAGGAAUGUGAUGAUACACUAGUGAGAUAUGGCACGAAUGCACUAUAUCUGUCUCAUUUGUAACUCUGUAUUAAAACACGAGGCUGAAAGUUUUAUUCACAGGUUCAACAGCUCAUCUUUUUAAAA